AUGCGGGGCCUCCCUCCUGGACGCACUAAGCCCCCGACUGACGGUCCCUUCCCGUGUGGCCGCCAACGCAGCAGCCCCGACCCCAACACCGCAACCCUCCCCCGCCCCCCACAAAGGACGCCGGGCGCAGCAGGCAAGACCGCUGCGGCGGCAGAAACGAGAGCGGCUGAGCCAUGUCGCUCUAACACCUACCGGACUGCCCUCGUCGCUACAUCCCGCGAAGAAAGCAGUCAGCACCACCGGCGGCGUCCCCAACAAACAGCCGCCUUAACAGUACCGGAAACGUCCCCCUCACUCAAAGGCUACUUCCGUUUUGGAAUUCCAAAGUCACAUGAUUGUCUGCUGCGACUGCUAAUGGAGGAGCUGUUGGGCUGGUCAGCUCGGAUGCUGAAUCUGGCCCGUUAUCCGGUGUGGUUGGUGCGGGAACGGCAUUGGUGCCUGCUGUACCUCCUGGGCCCGUUGGUUGCUUCUGCCCCCCAGACUAAAGCUGGCUUCGUGAUGGGAGUUCUAGACCUUAUUAAAUACCUGAUGUUUGUGUUCAAUGUGCUGGUGUUUGGUGGAGGCAUCUGCCUCCUAAGUGUGGGCAUCUGGGCAGCUGCUGACCCUAAUGGAUUUCAGAGCAUUAUCCUUUCCAGUCCGCUUCUGAAUGUAGGGGCUUACCUCAUCAUCUUUGUGGGUGUGGCACUUGCUUUCCUCGGUUUUUUGGGUUGCUUUGGAGCCAUCAAAGAAAACAGGUCCACAUUAUUGCUUUUCUUUGUGUUGGUGCUUCUGGUGUUCUCUGUGGAGAUUGUGGCUGCUGCACUCAUUCUUGCCAAUAGGAAACAGAUCAAAGCUGAAUUCUUCCUGUCUGAUCUGCAGAGGAAUUACCAAGGGGACAAUGCUUCUGAUGUGUUCUCCAAGUCUUGGAACACCAUAAUGAUUGCGUUUUCAUGUUGUGGCAUUUCAGGGCCUGAUGAUUUUGGAAACUGCUCCCAUUUCCAGGAGCAACAGCCAGAUGAACUGUUGCCUCGUGCCUGCUGCACUCGAGACAAGCCCCUUCACACAGGUCACCUUUUAGAUUGGAAGCGCUGCAGGCAACGAGAUCCCGAGUAUCUCAAUAGCCAGGGCUGCUUCCCUACGAUCGCCUGGAUGUUGCAGAAAUAUAUCUCUAUCCCUGGGGCCUGUGGUUUGGGAGUGCUAACUAUUGAGAUGUUUGCCAUGAUCUUUGCUUUUUGCCUGUACCGCUACUAUGACUGAAUUAGCUUGCUAGCCCUGGAAAAAUCAAAGUGUGGUUUCAGAAAUGGAUAAACUCUGAAUAUUCCUCUCAGUAUUCAAAUUAAUA